AUGACGAGCACCGGAGCUCUCGAGGAAGAUUUGCGCCAUGCAGAAACUUACGAGGAUUACCUUGAUUCUUUCCUCACGGAGACUGACCGGCUGCACCUUCCUGAUGAGAAGCUCGCUCGUCAGCUGGUAGAAAUAGGCUGCCUCAAGGGCACUGUUUUGUCUCGGGAGGAGUUCUAUUCAAAAGCGGAAGCGUUAGACGAGCAACAGCGCUCGGAAAAGCGGGGGCCUGGCCCUAGGGUUGUUUUGCCAGCCUUUGUUGCAUGCCCAGCGACUUCUUCGGUCUUAUUGCGGCAGGUGGCAGCGCGAGAAGAACUUAUCCGUUGCGGAUCUCUCUCUACUAUCAUCUUCAUCAGGCACAUGAAUGCCAAGGGUCUGGAAAUCAGCGCUUACAUCGACUUGGCAGACCGAUUGAAGGCGCCAGACUUCCCGGAUAUCCUUGCUGGAAAAAAGAAACUGUUGCCAAGGGCCAGCGAUUUGUCGUACUACAACUGGGCAACCAAGGUCCUACUCUCUAGAGACAGUGCAGACUUUCUUGUCGUUGCUGGGGAGGGUUCUGGAAUGCUCUUCCGGCACAGAAGAGACAGGAAGCUCAUCAAUCCGAACCCUGGGGGCCCCCCAGGAGACAACACGAAGCGCACUGAAGUAGAAACGGAAGAACUGCUGCAUCUCGUCUUUUACGAUCACACCUGCAGGAAGAAGUCAUAA